CAUCUUCCCUCUUCAAUAUUCCUUCUUUCUUGCUAACUGAGAUUAGCUCGUCCUUGCUGAUAAUGGCUUCCAAUCACACAACUCCUCAGGAUGCUAAACUUUCCUUCUCUGCCAAUGAUGUUGAACGUCAAAUGGGCCAUGAAAUCAAACAAAAGGACAUUAAUUACUCGAAAAGGGCACAAUGGCUCCGGGCAGCAGUCCUAGGAGCCAAUGAUGGAUUGGUUUCCACGGCUUCCUUAAUGAUGGGAGUUGGAGCAGUUAAACCAGACAUCAAAACCAUGAUCCUAACUGGAUUUGCUGGUUUAGUAGCAGGGGCAUGUUCCAUGGCCAUCGGGGAAUUUGUCUCCGUUUACUCGCAACUUGACAUAGAGGUGGCUCAAAUGGAGAGAGACAACAGAAAGGCGAUCACUAUGCAGAGACAAGAGGCAGAAGAAGAAGAGGGAGAUAAGGAGAGUUUGCCAAAUCCAUUACAAGCGGCAGUGGCAUCAGCUCUUGCAUUUUCAGUAGGUGCACUGGUUCCACUGCUUGCUGCAUCAUUCAUAAGGGAAUAUAAGCUGAGACUUGGUGCGAUCGUUGCAGCAGUUACUGCUGCUUUAGUAUUGUUUGGAUGGUUAGGGGCUGUAUUAGGGAAGGCACCAAGAAUAAGGUCCUCAGCUAGGGUUCUUUUUGGAGGUUGGCUGGCUAUGGCCAUAACAUUUGGCUUGACAAAAUUGAUUGGCUCUAGUGGGCUGUAAAUUAGAGUUAAUCAAACUCGCUUCUUUUUCUUUUUCCUUUUUUUUGUUUUUUUUUUCUUUUGCAAUCUUUACAUCAUGUAUAAUUGUGCUACCUUUUCUUGUGUAUCAAGUCUUUUGAUUUGAAUAAGUUAUUGCCAUGCAUCCAAUGAAUCUA